CGGCCCCUAUAUAGAUACGUGUCGCAUGGUCUGACCCAACACGGUGCCACCUGCGGGAGACAUUUUCGGCAGUCGAUCGAUCAUCCCUCCAGCGUCAGCCCUUCAAUUAGUCCUGUUGCCAGUUUGUUGCGAUACCGAUACCAUGGCGCCUCCCCAGAGCGGCGGCGGCGACCUCCUGGAGACCGGGCUGUUGGACGACGCCGGCAAGCAGGAGGCAGGUGCCGUGACGUUGACGACGACGUCGACGUCGGAGCGUUUAGCGCAGCCGGAGACGAUGACGCGACGCACGAUGGCGCAGCUGCGGGCGGUGUUCCUGGGAACGAGACUGUUCCCGCUCUUCUCGGCCGUGCCGCUCGCCAUCGCCGCCGAGCACCUCCGCCUUGGCCGGGCUUGGGUGUUUGUUUUCAGCUUGAUAGGCCUGGUUCCCCUUGCAGAACGUGUGAGCUUCCUUAGCGAACAUAUUGCCUACAGUGCAGGACCAACGGCUGGUGGGCUUCUGAAUGCGACCUGUGGGAAUGUACCUGAACUAAUCAUUGCACUGUUUGCUCUGCAUAAAGAGAAGAUGGAAAUCCUCAAGUGGUCACUUUUAGGUUCAAUAUUAUCCAAUUUGCUCCUAGUCCUUGGCUCAUCACUCCUCUGCGGUGGGCUUGCUAAUACUGGCAAGGAGCGUCCAUUAGAUAGGAGACAGGCAGAUGUAAGCAUUGGCCUUCUGAUGCUGGGUGUGCUCUGCCACAUCUUACCUCUAUUGUCUAAAUACACGAUUAGCACUGGAGAUAGCAUAAGCACAUCAGGCUCAAUUCUGGAGUUUUCAAGGUUUAGUGCCAUCGUAAUGCUUGCUGCCUACUUUGGAGGGCUUCUCUUCCAGCUAAAAACCCAUCGCCAAAUUUUUGAGCAAGAAGAGGACAGUUCAGAGAUCACCAGCAGUGAUGACGAUGCUGCAGAUAAUUCAGUUCUAGGGUUUGCCAGUGCAGUAAUCUGGUUGAUUGGGAUGACUGCAGUCAUUGCUAUGCUGUCUGAUUACAUUGUCACUACAAUUGAGGAAGCGUCAGAGUCGCUGGGUAUCCCAGUCAGGUUCGUUAGUGUUAUCCUACUUCCUAGUGUUGGAAAUGCAGCAGAGCAUGCGGGAGCUAUCAUAUUUGCUUUCAAGAACAAAAUUGAUAUCACCCUGGGAAUUGCUCUUGGCUCAGCAACACAAAUUUCGUUGCUUGUGAUACCCAUCAUUCUGAUUGUGUCCUGGGUGAAUGGCAUCCCUAUGGAUCUUGACUUCAACCUUCUUGAGACUGGAUCAUUGGUUAUGACCGUAUUUACCACUGCAUUUACACUUCAGGAUGACAAAUGGCAUUACUUGAAAGGCUUCAAUUUAACGCUUUGUUACGUUGUAAUAGCAGUGUGCUUUUUCACCAUAAAGGCUCUCCCAACGCCAAAGAAGGUACAUGCCUGAGCUGCUGAAGGAGAUGAUGUCCCAUGUUUUGAACCAAAUUGAGGCAUCUGAGUGAAGGGUGUGGACUGGUGUUCUAUGGAGCUUCUGAUGAUCAAGCUGCUCAACAUGCUGAGAUGAGCUAACCAACCUUAACAACUGAUGGCGGUUCGUUCUACAUAAGAUAUGCUGACAAAAUGCCACUCAUGCUAUUGUUUUUGCCUCGAUGUUUUUACCCGUGUUAGCGCGGUUGAUCUCUCUGCAAGGAAUCUGACUUAGGAGGAUGUAAUUAUGGUUUUGCGCGCUUAAGUUAGUCUCUGAUACAUGUGUGAUGCU